UUCUUUUGCGACGGGACCAGUCUUCUGUUGGUCGGAACCUGCUGGGCGUCCGGUCGGUGGUGUGUGCAGGUGGCAGUCGCCGAGGGAGCUGUCGGGGACACCCGGUCGUGACUGGGACGCCAUGGACGACCAGGGCUGUCCGCGAUGUAAGACCACCAAAUACCGGAACCCCUCCUUGAAGCUGAUGGUGAACGUGUGCGGACACACUCUUUGUGAAAGUUGUGUGGACUUACUAUUUGUUAGAGGAGCUGGAAACUGUCCUGAGUGUGGCACUCCCCUUAGAAAGAGCAACUUCAGAGUACAGCUCUUUGAAGACCCAACUGUUGACAAGGAGGUUGAGAUUCGGAAGAAAGUAUUAAAGAUAUACAAUAAAAGGGAAGAAGACUUUCCUAGUCUAAGAGAAUAUAAUGAUUUCCUAGAAGAAGUGGAGGAAAUUGUUUUCAACUUGACCAACAAUGUGGAUUUGGAAAACACAAAAAAGAAAAUGGAGAUGUACCAAAAGGAAAACAAAGAUGUCAUUCAGAAAAAUAAGUUAAAACUGACUCGGGAACAAGAAGAAUUAGAAGAAGCUUUAGAGGUAGAACGACAGGAAAAUGAACAAAGAAGAUUGUUUAUACAGAAAGAGGAACAACUACAGCAGAUUCUCAAAAGGAAGAAUAAACAGGCCUUUUUAGAUGAACUGGAGAGUUCUGAUCUCCCUGUUGCUCUGCUUCUGGCUCAACAUAAAGAUAGAUCUACCCAACUGGAAAUGCAACUUGAAAAACCUAAAACGGUGAAACCUGUGACAUUUUCCACUGGUAUCAAAAUGGGCCAACAUAUUUCAUUAGCACCUAUUCAUAAGCUGGAAGAAGCUCUAUAUGAAUACCAACCACUGCAGAUAGAGACGUGUGGGCCACAAGUUCCUGAGCUUGAGAUGUUAGGAAGACUUGGAUACCUAAAUCAUGUGAGAGCUGCAUCUCCACAGGACCUGGCUGGAGGCUAUACUUCUUCUCUUGCUUGUCACAGAGCGCUACAAGAUGCAUUCAGUGGACUUUUCUGGCAGCCCAGUUAAACCAUAUUUCUCCAUAUAUAAGGUUUGGACCCUAGAGCACAAUCAAGGGACUAGAAAAGCAGACUUGCAGAAUUAUAGCAAUCUACAGCUGCACAAGAGUACCACUACAGAGCCACUGUGUUAAAUAAUUCAUAAAGAGAAAAUUUCAUAUCUAAACUGAGGAAAUAUAAGUGAUUCAUGUCCAUGAAAAAAUUUGUUUACUUACAUUUUUCUGAGAGACUGAAGCAGGGAGAGCCUCAUAUGAUGGACGAGAGGAGUAAAUAAUUUGCUUAUGUUUAUUUGAAGGUGACAGACUUAUAAAAUCUUUUUAAAAAUAAAGCUAGACUUUAAUAGUACAUUCUGUGGUUUUUCUCUUAUUACAGUGUGUUACUUGAACACGUUUUAAAAUGCCAUUUUGGUUACAACAUUUAGUGUUAACAUGUAAGUCUGUUAUUUCUUCUCGUAAGUUUCUCCUUUUUAAAUUUUUUCUAAUGUCUUCUUGAUACUAGUCCAGACAAGUGUCUAUGUUCCCUUCUCCCAGCAGGCUGUGGCAAGUAAAACUUGAUCUGUAACAAUUUCAUUCCGAGUCUUAGAACGUGGUGCCUGUUUCUGCAGUGGAAAAGUGAGCAAACCUCACAGGUGUUAUGAUUACCAGGUGUGAGCCACUGAGGAUAAACCAGAGCACAGCACUAACCUGCUCUAAUGACAGACAAAUUCAAAGAAGUUAAUAAAAUUUAAUACUUAAAUGGCA